GGGGGGUGGCGGCAGAUCCCGUAAGUCGGGCGGCCGCGUAGUCGCUGUAGCCUCCGCUGCCGCAGCCACAUUCAACAGGCAGCAGCGCCGUGGUCGCGCCGCCGAGGAGAGCGAGCAGCCCGCGGCGCCCGUCAGUUGUCCAGUCCACGGGCUUUGUCAGCAGGAGCGCGGCGCCGGUGCUGCCCGAGCCCGGCGACUCUGGCCUGCCGUCCCGUCGGUGCAGCGGACCCGGAGGAGUCUAGUUGUUGAUGGACUCGUGAAGUUAAGUUCUGGGCUCGCGCUUCCACUUCGCUGCGCCUUUCUCGCGGUUUCCGUCUGCUCGCGGCACCGACCUCGCCCCCAAUCUCGGACCAGCUCUUCGCGCCCCUCCCCCCUGGACCCCGAUCCUGCGCUCUACCCCUUCUUGGUUCUCCCUGGCUGGGGGAGGGGCGGGGGUCACCAUGGCCGAAGCGCCCCAGGUGGUGGAGAUUGAUCCGGACUUCGAGCCGCUACCGCGGCCACGUUCGUGCACCUGGCCGCUGCCCAGGCCGGAAUUUAGCCAGUCCAACUCGGCCACCUCCAGCCCGGCGCCGUCGGGCAGCGCGGCGGCGAGCUCCGACGCCGCCGCGGGCCUGCCCUCGGCGGCCGGUGUCAACGCCGACUUCAUGAGCAACCUGAGCCUGCUGGAGGAGAGCGGGGACUUCCAGCAGGCGCCUGGCUCUGUGGCGGCGGCCGCUGCGGCGGCCGCGGUGGCGGCGGCGGCCGCCGCAGCGGCUGCCACCGGGGGGCUGUGCGGGGACUUCCAGGGCCCGGAGGCGGGCUGCCUACACCCGGCGCCGCCGCAGCCCCCGCCUCCCGGGCCGCUGUCUCAGCACCCGCCUGUGCCCCCCGCAGCUGCCGGGCCGCUGGCUGGGCAGCCGCGCAAGAGCAGCUCGUCCCGGCGCAACGCGUGGGGCAACUUGUCCUACGCCGACCUCAUCACCAAGGCCAUCGAGAGCUCGGCCGAGAAGCGGCUCACGCUGUCGCAGAUCUACGAGUGGAUGGUCAAGAGUGUGCCCUACUUCAAGGAUAAGGGCGACAGCAACAGUUCGGCGGGCUGGAAGAAUUCAAUUCGUCAUAAUCUGUCCCUGCACAGCAAGUUCAUCCGUGUGCAAAAUGAAGGAACUGGAAAAAGUUCUUGGUGGAUGCUCAACCCAGAAGGAGGCAAGAGUGGAAAAUCCCCCAGGAGAAGAGCUGCAUCCAUGGACAACAACAGUAAAUUUUCCAAGAGCCGCGGCCGAGCCGCCAAGAAAAAAGCAUCCCUCCAGUCUGGUCCAGAGGGUGCCGGGGACAGCCCAGGGUCUCAAUUCUCCAAGUGGCCUGCCAGUCCUGGCUCUCACAGCAAUGACGACUUUGAUAACUGGAACACAUUUCGCCCUCGAACUAGCUCAAAUGCUAGUACUAUUAGUGGGAGACUUUCUCCCAUUAUGACCGAACAGGAUGAUCUUGGAGAUGGCGACGUGCAUUCAAUGGUGUACCCACCCUCUGCUGCAAAGAUGGCUUCUACUCUGCCCAGUCUGUCAGAGAUAAGCAAUCCCGAAAACAUGGAAAACCUUUUGGAUAAUCUCAACCUUCUGUCAUCACCACCGUCAUUAACUGUUUCAACCCAAUCUUCACCUGGUGCCAUGAUGCAACAGACACCAUGCUACUCCUUUGCACCGCCAAACACCAGCUUGAAUUCACCCAGUCCAAAUUACCAAAAAUAUACCUAUGGCCAAUCCAGCAUGAGCCCUUUGCCCCAGAUGUCAAUGCAAACACUUCAGGACAAUAAAUCGAGCUAUGGAGGUAUGAAUCAGUAUAAUUGUGCACCAGGACUCUUGAAGGAGUUACUUACUUCUGAUUCUCCUCCCCAUAAUGACAUUAUGGCGCCAGUUGAUCCUGGGGUGGCUCAACCUAACAGUAGGGUCCUGGGCCAGAAUGUGUUGAUGGGCCCUAAUCCGGUCAUGCCAAGCUAUGGCAGCCAGGCAUCUCAUAACAAAAUGAUGAAUCCCAGCUCCCAUUCCCACCCUGGACAUGCUCAGCCAACAUCUGUAGUUAAUGGGCGCGCCUUGCCCCAUGCAGUGAACACCAUGCCCCACACCUCAGGCAUGAACCGCCUGGCCCCAGUGAAGACAGCUUUACAAGUGCCUCUGCCUCACCCCAUGCAGAUGAACGCCCUUGGGGGCUACUCUUCCAUGAGCAGCUGCAACGGCUAUGGCAGGAUGGGCAUUCUCCACCAGGAGAAGCUCCCGAGUGACCUGGACGGCAUGUUUAUUGAGCGCUUGGACUGCGACAUGGAAUCCAUCAUUCGGAACGACCUCAUGGAUGGAGAUACUUUGGAUUUUAAUUUUGACAAUGUGUUGCCCAACCAAAGCUUCCCGCAUAGUGUCAAGACGACAACACAUAGCUGGGUGUCAGGCUAGGAGUGAGUUAUUGAGCAGGCUACACUUAAAAGUACUUCAGAUUGUCUGACAGCAAGAACUAAGAAGUCCAAAGAUGUCCUUCAUCCCAUCUUUUCAUUUUCUUGAUUAAAAAACACACACACCAAAAACCUUUUUUAUUUUAUUUUUCUUUCGUCAGACUUGGCAGCAAAGACACUUUUCCUGUACAGGAUGUUUGCCCAACGUUUGCAGGUUAUGUGCUGCUGUAGAUAAGGACUGUGCCAUUGGAAAUUUCAUUACAAUCAAGUGCCAAACUCACUACACCAUAUAACUGCAGAAAAGACUUUCGGAUCCUGGUGUGCUUUCAAGUUUUGUAUAUAAGCAGUAGCUACAGAAUUGUAUUUGUGUGUGUUUUGUUUUUUUAAGUAUAUCCAUUUGGUCCAAGGAAAGUUUAUACUCUUUUUGUAAUACUGUGAUGGUCUCCUGUCCUUGAUAAGUUAAACUUUUGUUUGUACUACCUGUGUUCUGCUGGACUGAUGAAUCACAGAGAAUCAAACUCUCCAUUCUGCACCUUCAUUGAACAGCUUUGAACCUGUUCAUUUUGCCACAUAAUUCCCAUGAGAACCAGUAAUCUGUCAUCAAUCUGCUGAAUUAAUGGACUUGUCAAACUCUUUUGGAAAAAAAAAAAAAAAGAGUAAA